UAUGAAAACUGUAGAAGAAUAAACAUUAGAGAAAGAGUGAAGAUAAAUAGAUUUUUUAAAAAUGAUUAAAGAGCGUUUAACAGAUCUAAAGAAGAGUUUACAAAUCCAUGAUUCUUCAAAUGAUCUAAGUAAAUUCGAAGUUGCAGAGGAUGAGGAAGAAGUGGAGCUAGAAUAUAAGCCAUAUAAUGGACCAAUGGGACAUGUAUUGAAAAAGUAUUUAUACAUACACCAGCAACUCCGAGAGAUCGAAAGUCAUUUGCUGAACAUGAAAUCUAUGACAACAGCAGAGAAAAUGAAUAAUUUUAAUCCAAAAGACUUCAAUAAAAUACGCAGUGAAAGUAUAAAGAUUGGUAACGAUAUUAUUAAGAAAUUUAAGAAACUAGAAAGUAAACUACCCGAUCAAGAAGAUUUCAGUGCCUUGGCACGCAUGAAACGUUUACUGUACUUUGGUUUCUUUCAACAGUAUGUAAUAAUCUGGACUAAGAAUGAACAAUUUCUAUUGGAAUUUGAGCAGAAGUUAAAGAAAAAAUUGCAAAUGCAAUCGCAAAUUUUAAAUUGCAAUUUGUCGGAUGACGAAAUCGAAACGUUGAUAGAAAAUAAAAAUACAAAUUUAUUUAAAUCAAACAUUCUCCAAGAUACCGAAACCGAACGCAAAACUCUACAAGAAAUACAAGACCGUUUUGAGGAUUUGAAAAAACUAGAAAAGUCCAUAACUGAAGUUCAUAAUUUAUUCAUAAGUUUGCAAACUCUAGUGGCAGAACAGGGUGACAAAAUUCAAGUCAUUGAAACUCAUUUUGAUGCAACGCGCAAUUAUGUGGAAGAAGCCAUAGAAGUAUUGAAAACUGCUGAGAAAAUACAAAAGAAAAGAUGUUGCAGUUUUUUCAAAAUGUGUUGUUUUUGUUGCAAUCUAAAACUUUGUAUGUUAAAGUAAAUGCAAUUAAACUAAAGAAUAUAAAUAUAGAAAA